AUGUUACGUCAAUUCAAAAGGUCUAGUGCAGUGGUACCAACUCAAUCUCCCUCAAAUGGAGCGAAGGGAUCAUACGGUAAACGCUACCCUGAACCAGAAAGUGUACGCCUAGAUACGCGAGAAAAGCCUUUCCAUUGUCACUGUAGCGCGUGCUUCACUCGUCGUGACCUAUUGACUCGGCAUUGGCGAAUUACUGGCCAUGGUGACCGGCCCUCCACCGUAGAAUCAUCGUCUUCUUCCAAUGCCGAGUCUGGACCAGGAAGCGUGCCUCAUCAUCAUCAAUCAUCCCAACUAGAGAGCUAUCCCACUCAAUCGACUGAAAGAACAACUACACAACAUUACGAUCCGAUUAGCGAUGAAAGCAUCGCGAACGGCCUUGUGCAGCUUUCCAACAGUCAGGUUGUACCCGAAACCACGGCUCCAGUGGCAGUCUACGAGGAAGGACAGCUAAGCCUUGGUACCCAAGAUGUAACGCAUUCUUCAUAUCCAGAUGAAGGCCUCGAGGACUUCCGUGAUUUCGUCAACUUCAUUGAUGGCGUUGGCUUAUCAGCACAAUGGACGCCUGAAUACGAUAUAGACUGGCUUCGCGUGGCUGGUGGACAGCAUGAUUCGGUGCGUCAGUCGCGCGAGCAGACAACUGCUCAAUCCCCCGGUGCAGAGGACAUCGGUACACCUUUCAGUACGUGGUUGCCAUCGGCUCCUGCUGAUGACAAAGUACACUUGAGAUGCCAGACCAAUAAUGACACUCGGGAACAACGCACACGCAACGGUACCUACAACGUAACCGAUGACUACCGCAACUUUCUCGUCUCUCUGCUCGAAGGUUUCCCUUCACCAAUAUCUAAUUUUGAGAUACCCUCGAGGCACGCACUUACACGCUACAUAACAGCAUUCUUCUCAGGCUUUCACUCACACUUUCCUUUUAUACACGAGCCGACUUAUAAGCCUUCGUGUUCGCCACUAGAGCUUACACUAGCAAUGUGUGCGGCUGGAGCACAAUACUGCUUUGAGCGCCGAAGCUCAGAGCGCUUGUUUCGUGUUUCCAAGGCAAUUGUUUUCGAACGGCUACGCCAAGAAGAGUCAUACUUCGGUCCUCAGACACUGGCUUUCAUCGCAUCGACAGAUAUCCUCUCUCCCGAGGCGCAUCGAACAGGAAGACGCUCUGGUCCUUGGGCGCCUCUCGACAUGGCCAAGACUCUUCUUAUUCUUGUAGGAUUUGCCACUUGGGAAAGAAAAGACCUACUCCAGCAAGCUUUCGCUCUGCGUGGUUUGCUUGUGCAAUGUCUACGAGACAACGGCCUCUAUGAAGAAACUGCACCCCAAACCGCAACCACAUCUAGAUCAGUGAAAUGGGAUCAAUGGGUUCAGCGGGAAUCUUCGCGACGAACUAAGUUGGUUUCGUUCUGUUAUAUCAACGUCCACAGUAUAGCCUAUAACAUACAUCCGCUAUUAUGGAGCAGUGAGCUACACUUACGACUACCAUGCGGCACAGCCGAAUGGAGAGCUUCAAGUGCUGCACAGUGGACAGCCUUACAGCGCGAAGGCAAGCAAGAUCAGAUGCUCUUCCAGGAGGCACUCUCAAUCCUUCUCCUGGGAACAUCCAACACGACUUCAGUGCAACCUAUUCCAAGUCCGAUAGGAAACUAUAUCCUGUUACAUGCUCUUUUACAGCGGAUUCACGUUGUCCGUGAGCUGGCCUUCCCUGCGACGGUAGCCGCUACUAUCUCAGCGACAGAGUUGCAGACUAUUGGUCGUGCCCUUCACUCGUGGACUUCUUUAUGGCAACAGACGCCUGAGUCGAUGCUCGACCCUAAUAACGAAAGUGGACCUAUACCAUUUACAUCCAGCGCUCUAUUAGUCGUAGCUUAUAUCCGACUUUCUCUCGACGUUGGUUCGCAUCGCCAUCUGGAGUCUCGCGAUCCCGAUGUCAUUGCUGCUAGCUUAGCCCGCAUGCCUGAUAUUGAACGCAAUGACAAUCUACUAUCUGCUCUACUUUACGCCACUCACGCACUCAGUAUCCCAGUAAGGCUAGGAAUCGAUCGUGUGGCCAGGAGUCAGGCAUUCUUCUGGAGCGUACAACACGCAAUCUCGAGUUUUGAAUGUGCGAUCUUCCUUGGUAAAUGGCUCUGUUCACUCCCACGGCCGUUACAAGAGGACUCCUUGACUCGGUCGGAGCAUCGUAUCCUCCAUUGGGUACGCUGCAUCAUUAAAGAAGCAUAUGCUGUGGUAGAUUUCGAGGAGCUGGACGUUGACGACGAGGAUCCAGAGAUCACCAGUGAACCCUUCCAACUGGGCCUAGCUGUUUUGAGGAUUUGGUGUCGCUUUUUUCGAGGCAAUACGCAGUGGCAGUUUGUCGUCAAUCUCGGGUUAAGUCUGGAGAGGUACCUGGUCAUGAUCACCUAA